UUAGUUUGUCUAUUACUGGUGGUAUAUGGUUAAACAUGUGUUAUAAAUUAUGGUUAGCAUUAGCGUGCAUAUUAUUUUAUCGAUGUAAUGGCAAUCGUCACGAAGUUAGAAAAUUCCCCGAAGGAUUUCUAUUUGGUACUUCUACAGCAUCUUAUCAAACUGAAGGUGCUUGGAAUGAAGAUGGAAAAUCCGAAAGCAUUUGGGAUCACAUGAGCCAUCAAAUACCUUGUUCAAUAAAACACUGCGACACGGGUGACAUUUCAGAUGAUUCCUAUCAUCUGUACAAACGUGAUGUUGAAAUGAUAAGAGAAUUAGGCCUUGAUUUCUAUAGAUUUUCACUUUCCUGGUCAAGGAUACUUCCCACUGGUUUUCCAGACGUUAUCAACGAGGCAGGAGUGCAAUAUUACAAUAACUUAAUUGACGAAUUAUUGAAAUACAACAUAAUACCAAUGGUAACCAUAUAUCACUUCGAUUUACCUCAAACUCUUCAGAAACUUGGGGGCUGGAGCAACCCUCAUAUCGUAGAUUGGUUUGGAGACUUCUCUAACAUUGUGUUCAGACUCUUUGGUGACAGAGUCAAAUACUGGGUGACUAUAAAUGAACCAUACUACAUAUGUUAUGAAGGUUACGGAGCAGAUAUAAUGGCACCACAAGUCAAUGUUACAGGAAUAGCUGAAUAUUUGUGCGCAAAAAAUGUUCUUGUAGCUCAUGCUAAAGCAUAUCACAUAUAUGAUGAAGUAUUCAGACCGACUCAAGGUGGAAAAAUCUUUAUAUCUAUAAAUGCUCGUUGGAAUGAGCCAGAUGGUGACGACAAUGUUGAAGCAGCUGAUGAUGCAAACCAAUUCUUUAUAAUGCAAUACGCUUAUCCCAUAUUUUCAAAAUCUGGUGACUUUCCAUCUAGUAUAAAGAAAAUAAUAGCAGCUAAAAGUAAAGAACAAGGCUUUCUUAGAUCAAGACUACCUGAGUUUACUCCUGAUGAAAUUGAAUAUGUGCGAGGAACUUCUGAUCUCUAUGGACUCAACCAUUAUAGCACCCAAUUGAUAUAUAGAAACGAGUCAGUGAAGGGUUUUUACAAAAUACCUUCAAUGUACGAUGAUACUGGAGUUUUCAUAUAUCAAUUAGAUAAAUGGCUUCUCAGUAAUUCAAGUAUUACUAAGGCCGUCCCAUGGGGAUUUCACAAACUGUUGACGUUUAUCAAGGAGCAAUUUGGCAAUCCACCAAUAUUUGUCACCGAAAACGGAUUUGGUGGAAGCACUGGCCUCGAAGACAAUGAUCGCGUCACCUACUAUAGACUUUAUUUAUCUGUAUUACUUGAUGCUAUUGAAAAUGGUUCUGAUAUAAGGGGAUAUACCGCUUGGAGUCUUAUGGACAAUUUUGAGUGGAAUCAGGGAUAUAGUAUUAGAUUUGGUCUAUAUGAAGUCGACUACACAUGCCCUAAUCGGACACGCACACCAAGGAAAUCAGCCUAUGUGUACAAAGAAAUUGCACGCACACAUAAACUUGAUUUUGAAUUUGAACCAAAUACUAGUGUUCCUAUAUCAGCUCUGGGUGAAGAUGGUGAUGAAAAUCAUUAAAAUUCUUAUUGUUUAAUGUUUUAAGACUAAUAAAUGUUCAACAACGAAUAAACACGAUUGUCUAUUUACGACGA